UAUCGAGAGAGAGAGAGUAUCUUUUAGAGAGAGGAAGUAGAAAGAGAGAGUGAGAGAGAGAGAAUGAUGAGUCUUCAAGAAACAGAUCAGAUGAAAGAAAUGGAAUUCCAAGAACUUCACCAAGCCGACGAAGUCGGUGGUUUCGAGUCCAGCGCCGUCAAUCGUCUCAAUAUGCUCAGCCUCAAUGGCGUCCAGUCAACCACCGCCGCAAACGGCUGCUAUAGCCGUUUCUCCGCCGCCUCUGUCCCUUCUUCCGCCGAGGAAUGCACCAUGUGCGGUUCCAUGAAGAGACGAUCACCCUCGUCGUCGUCUCUCCAAGAACAACAACCCAACUCCAAGAAACUCAACCUCCAACCACCCCCCUCCACCGCAGCAGACAACAACAAAGGCGGCGGCAAACAAUUUCACGGCUUCACCAGGAUUCCCCUUCCGUCCGGUUCUUGGAACGUUUCGUCGCCAUACGUUUCGAUGCCGAUUCUCCGUCGCUGCUCCUCCGAUAUAAUCAAUUCGCCGGGAAACAACAACGUCGGAGCUCCAAAAUCACAGCCUUCGUCGCCUGAAAAUGCCAAGACGAAUGUCUCUGCUACAACGCCGUCUCCCCAAAAAGCAUCAGCCUCCCUGCCGCCGCUUCCUCCUACUCUCCGACGGACAGUAUCUGACCCAACUUCGGCAGCCUAUCAGGUUAUGGGUACACCGCCACCGCCCCCUUCAGUGGCGAGAACGUUUUGUACCAAUGAGAUGGGUUUGGAUUCUGUGAAAGGAGAGAGUCCCGAGUCCAAGAGGUUGAAGAGAAUGAAGGCUUGUAUGAGAGGGAUGAGGCAAUGGUGGGAUGAAGUUCUGCUUAAAGAAGAAGAAGAAGAUGAUGAUGGCCCUGAAGAUAGCAACACUCCAAAUGCCAAAUCCUCUUCACCAGAUGAAUCUGAAGGUGAAGCUGUGAGUGUGGAGAGAAAUGGGGAGUGGUUGGUCAUCAAGUUCCAGUGUCCCUGUUCAAAAGGCUAUCAGCUCAUCCUCUGUGCAGACAGUUGUUACUACAAGUUGAUGUAGUUUGAGCUGAGUUUUCUUGCUCAGUUGUUACUACAAUUCAAACAUUACAUAUCUUUCCUGGGUUUCAAAGUUCCAUUUUUUUUAAUUUUUCAUUCACCAAUAGUUGUUUAGAUGAAUACCCAUUGGGAUUUCAAUUUUAUCAUUAGAUACAAUGCUUGUUACUGUUUGGGGGGUUUUAUAUGUCAGAUUUUUCUUUGUGAUGCCCAUUACAGAUAAAGCAUUGAUCAUUCUUGGGAUUUAGAUUCAUAGCUUGUUUGUUUAAUGAACUACCAAUAAUCUGAA